UCCCCCUUCUUUUUCCCAAAAUCGAUUCCCCCCAUCCCCAAAAAUCUCUUCUUCUUUUUCCACAAUUUUAUUUUUCCCAAGCCAUUUCUCCCCUACCCCGACUCCCUUUAUUUUUCACCCUAAUUUCCCCAAAUCGGCAGCCCUCUGCAUCCUUGUCGACACACUUUCCCCUUCCACCCUUCCCUCCAAAACCCAAAUUCCUUCAAGCAAAACCCAAACCCUCCUUCAAAUUAUCCUUAAGUUUUCCUUUUUUUCUCAUUUUUGGUAUUGCGCAAGUUCCAAAUAUUGUUGGUGUUUUGCCUAUGAAUCCCGGAUAGAUUUAUAAAUUUUAGAGGUAAAUGUUUAGCGAUUUUUAGCAUUGAAGAUGGUGGUUGUCGGGCAGCAGUUUAUGUUUACAUCCGUAUUCCGUAAACGGUUAAAGCGUCCACUCCUUCCUCUCUUGUCUAUCUUCAAUUUUCUCUGAACCUAAACCAACUUUCUUAUUUGGGAUUUAAAUUGAACAUUGCCUUUUUCGCAUGUAUCUUAGAAGUAGGGAUCUAAGGGUUAAAGGUCGAGUUGUGCAGGUUGCUGGAAGAGAAAAAAUUAGGGGUCUGAUUCUUACUAGCUUCCGUUCUCCAUCUGGAAUUAUAUCAUGAGUUGCAUGCCUUGGACAGAUUUGAACAAGAUUAUUGACGUAAGCUUCAAGAAGAGGAUAAUUCAAAUACUGCUCAAAAGGGUCAUGGAGAAGCUUGUAGAUAUCAUUCAUUUCUUGCACUUGGAGAUUCAUGAGGCAUUUGGCGCUGCUGGAAUUAGUGGUGCACCUCAAGAUAACAACAUUAUGCUUUGGAAUGCUGUUAUAUUUGGACUUGAUGACACCCCAUGGGAUGGAGGUAAAGUAAAUUCUGGUGUUUUGGUUUGAAGCAUAAAUUUUUCUAUGUUCGUUUAGUUGAUUUUUUUGAUUUUCUCCUUAGAAGGUUGCUAUGCUCAAUAUAUGUUGAUUAUUACUUUGAUUAUUUAUGGUGCGAAAAUUAUAAGUAUCUCAAGGUGAUCUUUUCUGAUUGUCGUGAAACUUCUGCAUCUCAGCCGAGGUUAGUCUCAAUUGAUCUCAAUUGUCUCCUUGUUCCACUAUUAGCUAAAACAAUAAGCUCGUUGAUUUUCUGACUUGCUUAAUAGAUUAGUUGUUUCAUGUUUGGAAACUUUUGAUGCUCUUGGUGUAGUCAUUGAAAAAAAAUUGGUUCUCAUUCUUCACUUAACAAGUCCAGUGGCACAUACAUAUGUAAACUAGGAAUUCAUUGGUUUCAUUGCUGUAAUCUCUCUUAUUCAAUAUCUAAUUCAUUUCCAUGGUUGAGAUAGCUAACUUGUCAAUUUCCUCGAGUAUUAAUUUUUGCAUUCAUGUUAUUUCCCAUUCAUAUUUAACUUGUCAAUAUCAAUUUUUGUUUUAAUGCACUAUAAUUAUUUUCCCAAUUCUGCAGGGUACAUGAAGAUUGGAUAACCAGGAAUGUAGCAGAUGUAGUUUGCAUUGUAUUUUUAUUACCAAGAUUUACUUGAUUAAGAAAAUGCAUUGUAUUUUUAUUACCUUGCAAUGUGUAUAGUCAUAGGCAAGUUCAACUAGUCGAUCUAUUUCUCAUAUGUAUUAUUUUUAGUUUUGAUUCUAAAUUUUAUUUUUACUUUAAUAUUUACGAUAAUUUUAUUAACUUUUGAAUUUUAA